AUGCCACUGAACCAACCUCAUAGCUGGCUGAAAGCUGUGGCCUUUGGGCUCCUGCUUCUCCUCCUCCAUGUGCAGGGUCAAGACUCAUCAGAGGCCAACCCCAUCAGGAACACACACACAGGCCAGGUCCGAGGCAGCCUCAUCCAAAUGAGUGACACCAAUGUUGGUGUCCACAGCUUCCUGGGAAUUCCCUUUGCCAAGCCACCUGUCGGACCACUGCGCUUUGCACCUCCUGAAGCCCCUGAACCAUGGAGUGGUGUGAGAGAUGGGACCUCAUAUCCAGCCAUGUGUCUGCAAAACCUUGAAAUGAUGAAUGUAGAAGGCGUGAAGGAUAUGAAACUGACAGUGCCUCCCCUCCCUAUGUCUGAGGAUUGCCUGCAUCUCAACAUCUAUGCACCAGCUCAUGCCCAUGAAGGCUCUAACCUGCCUGUGAUGGUGUGGAUCCAUGGUGGUGGACUGGUUGUAGGAAUGGCUUCUAUGUAUGACGGAUCCAUGCUGGCAGCCAUUGAGGAUGUGGUGGUAGUCACUAUCCAGUACCGUCUGGGUGUCCUGGGCUUCUUCAGCACUGGAGACCAGCAUGCCAGAGGCAACUGGGGCUACCUGGACCAAGUGGCUGCCCUACGCUGGGUCCAGCAGAACAUCGCCCACUUUGGAGGCAACCCUGACCGGGUCACGAUUUUUGGCGAAUCAGCAGGUGGCACAAGUGUGUCUACACAUGUUGUGUCCCCCAUGUCUAAAGGACUCUUCCAUGGUGCCAUCAUGGAAAGUGGAGUAGCCCUGCUGCCAGGCCUUAUCAGUGAAACCCAUGAGAUGGUCUAUACUAUGGUGGCCAACAUGUCUGGAUGUGAGACCAUGGAAUCAGAGGCCCUGGUGCACUGUCUGAAAGGCAAGAGUGAAGCAGAGAUUCUGGCCUUAAAUAAGGUUUUCAAAAUCAUCCCUGCUGUGGUGGAUGGAGUGUUUCUACCCAGACAUCCCCAAGAGCUGUUGGCUUCUGCAGAUUUUCACCCUGUCCCCAGCAUCAUAGGUGUCACCAAUGAUGAGUAUGGUUGGAUCAUCCCCAUGGUCAGGGGCUCUGCCCGUACAAUAAAGGAAAUAAACAGAGAGAACCUGCAAGCUGUUCUGAAGAAUGCAACAGCACAAAUGAUGCUGCCUCCUGAGUGUAGUAACCUGCUAAUGGAAGAGUACAUGGGGGACACUGAGGAUCCCCAAACCCUCCAAAUACAGUUCACAGAGAUGAUGGCAGACUUCAUGUUUGUGAUUCCUGCACUCCAAGUAUCACAUUUUCAGCGUUCCCAUGCCCCUGUCUACUUCUAUGAGUUCCAACAUCAGCCCUCCUUUGUAAAGGGUGUCAGGCCACCCCACGUGAAGGCUGACCAUGGUGAUGAGGUUCUUUUUGUCUUUGGGCCCUUCUCCUCUGGCAUGAAAUUUGACCUCCCGGAGGAGGAGGAGCUACUGAACAGGAGGAUGAUGAAGUACUGGGCCAACUUCGCAAGACAUGGGAACCCAAACAGUGAAGGUCUACCCUACUGGCCCAUGUUGGACCAUGAUGAACAGUACCUGCAGUUGGACAUCCAGCCUACUGUGGGACAAGACUUGAAGGCCAGAAAGCUGCAGUUCUGGACAAAGACUCUGCCCCAGAAGAUCCAGGAGCUAAAGAGGUCACAGAACAUGCACCAAGAACUGUAGUGCCCUGUGUUUAGAAUGCUGUGUAGGGUUGCCUGCUGGUGGGGUCAGCUUGAGUUUCUCAACAAUAUUGAGGAGCCUGGGUUGAUUCUAGCGUUCACAUAAUCUCUGCACUUGUCUGUUCUUUCACAUUUAUCACAAAUCCUCUGCAUGUGACUCUUCAUCCUGCUGGGUCAUCUU